AACAGAGAGCAGCAGAGGAGAGAGGACGGAGCCACGGUCCGCAGCCGGACAGAGAAGCAGCCAUUCCCCGUCUGUUCUGGGUCGAACCCAUCCGUCAGAACAUAAGAACAUUUCUUUCCAACUUCAGCUACAGUGUUAGCUAAGUUCGGAAGGGAGAAAAGGGGAGAAACGUCGCGUUUUCUUUUGGUUUUUGGAUUUUUCUGCUUCUUGCUGCCGACGGUUGGACACAGAGAUAACAGAGGCUCCGCUCCUGUCCAGCACAAAAGAAGGAAAAUCAGCCUGUUUGAAACAAUUUAAAAUGGAAACUGCUGCACCCAAGAAGGCAACAUGGACCGAAUCCAUCAGACAUUUCUUCACUUCAGCCAAGUUUCUCAUUUACAUGGGCCAUGCACUGUCAACAUGGGGUGACCGGAUGUGGAACUUUGCGGUGGCCGUUUUUCUGGUGGAGCUGUAUGGGAACAGCCUGCUGCUGACGGCCGUCUACGGCCUGGUGGUGGCCGGGUCCGUUCUGCUGCUGGGCGCCAACAUCGGCAACUGGGUGGACAGGAACCCCCGGCUGAAAGUGGCCCAGACGUCGCUGCUGGUCCAGAACAGUUGCGUCAUCACGUGCGGCGUUCUGCUGAUGCUGGUUUUCCACUUCAAGGUCCAGCUGGUGGAGCUCUACAACGGCUGGAUUCUGACCGUCUGCUACAUCCUGGUCAUCAGCAUCGCCAACGUGGCCAACCUGGCCAGCACGGCCACCUCCAUCACCAUCCAGCGGGACUGGGUGGUGGUGGUGGCCGGCCAGGACAGCAGCAGCCUGGCCGACAUGAACGCCACGGUGCGGAUCAUCGACCAGCUCACCAACAUCCUGGCGCCCAUGCUGGUGGGGCAGAUCAUGGCGUUCGGCUCGCACUUCGUGGGCUGCGGCUUCAUCUCCGGCUGGAACCUGGCCUCCAUGAGCGUGGAGUACGGGCUGCUGUGGAAGGUUUACCAGAAGACGCCGGCGCUCGCCCUGAAGGCCGGCCACAAGGAGCAGCAGCACGAACUCAAGCAGCUCAGCCCCCACAAAGACUGUGAGAACGGCCAGAGUCCUGAGGAAUCCUCUCAGCCGCUGAUGGACGCCUCGCCGCCCGGCGCCGUGGACCCCGGCCAGGCGGCGGGUUGCUGUGGCGCGGCCAGCCGGCCGCUGCGGACCUUCAGGGCCGGCUGGGUGGCCUAUUACAAGCAGGACAUCUUCCUGGCCGGCAUGUCGCUGGCCUUCCUCUACAUGACAGUGCUGGGCUUCGACUGCAUCACCACGGGCUUCGCCUACACGCAGGGCCUCAACGGCUCCAUCCUCAGCCUGCUGAUGGGCGCCUCCGCCAUCUCCGGCAUCUGCGGCACCGUGGCCUUCACCUGGAUCCGCAGGAAGUGCGGCCUGAUCCGGACGGGCUUCAUCUCCGGCACGGCGCAGCUCUGCUGCCUCCUGCUGUGCGUCUCCUCCGUCUUCGCCCCCGGCAGCCCCUUCGACCUGAGCGUGUCGCCCUUCCAGGACCUGUACGCCCACCUGAUGGGGCAGCAGAGCCUGCCGGAGGCCGAGCACAGCCUGGGCGCCGCCUUCCACACCAACGCCACCACGCCGCCGCCGCCGGCCCACGAGCCGCCGCCCCUGCAGUCCUACAUGUCCGUCAGCCUGCUGUUCGCUGGCGUCAUCGCCGCCAGAGUCGGUCUGUGGUCCUUUGACCUCACCGUGACCCAGCUCAUCCAGGAGAACGUGAUCGAGUCGGAGCGCGGGGUGAUCAACGGCGUCCAGAACUCCAUGAACUACCUCCUCGACCUGCUGCACUUCAUCAUGGUGAUCCUGGCGCCCAACCCCGAGGCCUUCGGCCUGCUCGUCAUCAUCUCCGUGUCCUUCGUGGCCAUGGGUCACGCCAUGUACUUCCGCUUCGCCUUCAAGAGCCUGGGCAGCCGCCUCUUCCUGUGCUGCUCGCCGGAGCAGAAGGCGGAGACAGACGCCUCGCCCCCCACCACCGUGUAGAGCCGCCAUUACAGAGACUCUGUCCUAUCCGGACCGCCCUGCCUCUCAUUCACCCAACUAACACCAACGCUUGUAGCUGUUAGCAUCCUGAUUGUAGCUGUUAGCAUCUUGAUGCUGGAUAGACGGGUUAGCGUCACAGAAAACUAGCUUGUAGCUUUAGCUAAGACGAGGUUUGCUUAUUAACACAUAGUUUAGUCGAGGCUCCUCCAUUAGACCCGAGGUACGACGUCCUCCCGUCGGCCGGCCGUAUGCGGCGGCGGAGUGGACGGUCAGGGAAGCGGGCAUGGGGCGCGGGUUGAACGCCUCCCGCCGGUGCUGCGGAGACGCCUCCUACUUAACCAAACUCACUGGCCUCUUAAAGGGUCCGACUAUAUUUAUUCACUAACUUUAUCAGCAGUAUUGUGUUUUUCUCGUACCAAACAAGAACUCGCGCACCGCAAUAAUAGCUCUUAGUUACCAAAGUCUGGUGAAAAAGGAAUGAGGGAAGCCAGGUCUCUGCAGUACGUCUCUGCGCCUGCGGGUGGCAGCACCACCGCAGGCGGGCUGAGCUCUUUCUCCCAUUAGAAGAGAAGAAAAUGGUCUUUUCAGGUAGUUUGCGAUGUUUCAGUUCUUCUGUGAUUUCUGUUGUGAUUGUCGUUACUCAGGCACUUUAUGUGAUUGACGUCUGUCAUUCCACUCUGAUCAUCGGGCACUCGUUCAGUUUUUUAGUUUAUUUUUGCACAAAGUUGAAGCCCCGCCCACUAACCGCGGUCCGCCCCCAGUCACGGGUCGUCUGCUUUAUAUAUUACAAAGGCACAUAUUAUAAACACUUAGCAGCGCGUUCGCCAGGAGAAACUGCCAGUUCCUCAAAUUACAAACGUCUCCAUCAGCCACUCUGACCAGCCGUCACUUUCAAUUCUGUCGCUGAAGCUUCAUGUGGAACAGAUUCUUUGUUCUUUGUUCUCAUGAACUUGGUUCUAAGAAAUGCUCUUCAGAAAAGACUCAACAGUUUUCUUUGGACUUUGGUUGCUGAUCAUUUGUUGCAGUUCAGAGUGUUUUCCUUUAGCAUGAAGCUAGCUACAGCUUCAGGCAGCGGCGGCAAAACACAACCAGCAUCUGGCCUUAGUCCUUGACGCCGCCGCAGUCCCGCUCUGAUGACCUUUGCCUCAUGUCUUCCACCUUUUCUUUAUUAGUCUCAAAUAAAGGCCACUAGAGCCAACAACACCUUUAAAAAGACCCUCAUGCAGAAGAACAGAAGAAAAUUCAACCUGUACGAUUCAACUUAUAAUCCUUCUGAGGUAAAAUCAGCCAAAGUCCAAAAAAACCUGAAACCUUCAGAAAACCUGAAGAACUAUUGAUCAAGACCAAAAUAAGCUGCUGAUCAAGUCAAACUAAAAUUAUUUGGACCCAAAAUUCUUUUCAUUUUGCAUCCAAACAGACUGACUAAUGAAAAAUUUAGAUGGUCUUGAAUAAAACUGCAGACCUUCUGGAGGUUUUUCUGUCUUUUCUUUGGACCUUGGCUGCUGUUUCAGUCGAGCAUGAAGCCAAUCUCAGCAUUCUGGUUCCAACAGAGCCUGAAAAAAUGUUUUUACUGGAACUUUAUUUGAGUUCUGGGCUGAAAAUAAGUAAAAACGCAAAGAAAGUCCAAUGAAAACUCCAGAAAGUCUUUAGAACCGUCAGUGUAGACCGGUUUAAAAGAUGACAGCUGAGGUAAAAUAUGAAGAAUUUGUGGCAGAAUCAGAACAUUUUCUAGUUAAACUGGUCGGAAUAAUCCAGAUUAUUGUGGUUUUGGGUGAUGCGAGUCGAUAGAAGAUACAGAGCAAAUCAAGACGAAUGAAAAUUUAACCCCAACGUCUCAACAGUUCUCUUUACCUUAUAAUGAAACUUUAUAGCUUUAUCCGCUUCCUGUCUGUCUGAAAGCCUUUCUGGAAACCUGCCGACCGCCGCGUAACGCACACGGAACCGAACCGGGUCGUCAGAACCGGCCCGGAGCGGAGCAGAACCGAGGGAGUCUAUUCAGGAAUAUCAGUCACUAACUCCGCGUUAACAUCUGGUCUGAGUCGACUUUAGAGGAAUAGACAAAAUAUGAACAGUUUGUUUUUUAACUGUUUUUAUAUCUUGUUGUUUCUGUGCUUUUAUUGCAUUUUAUUUGAAAACACCUGCUCUAAUCUCCUUUACUUUAAUAUAUGUGUGUGUGUGUGUGUUGUAUAUAAACAUACAGUAUUGUAGUUUUCUAGCUAAGAGUGAAAUCAUAAAGGAAUCAGGUUUGUUUGUGUAAAAAUCACACUCCAGUAGAUGAAGAGGUUCAGAAAUAAAGAACUGGAUGAAAA